AUUAGCAUCAAACGGCAGCCAGCCAUGAUAUGCAUGCAGUAAUUAUAUGCAUGCGCUGUCAACAGCACGGAUUCUACAAGUUCCGUUUUUUUUCUGAUUGGUCGAUAUUAAUUGCAUGGACAAUAAUACCAUCACUGAAGUGACGCUCUAGGAAGUCAGGGCUUUCUCAGUUCAGUGUUACGUCGUCUGUCGGGCUGAUAAAUAUCCAUACUACUUUAGGGAAAGACAUUUCAUCUGCAGCACGGUGGUUUUGCUGUUGACUUUGAUUAAUGCUAUAGAAAUGAUGCCCUGAAAUUAAGUCUGGGUGACCUUAUCUUCGCCAUGAACGAGUUAAGUGUCGGCAAUAUCCGGGAGGCUACGGCCUCUCGGCCUACUCCUCCCUCCUCGCUGGCUGUGGUUCCCUCCCAUUUGGUGCCGGAUUCGCCCUCCAGCGAAGACUCGCCGGAGAGUGACGCCUCGUCUCUCUCGCCGAUGGAAUGGCUCUCGCCCUUGGAGUCGCCUUGUGACCUGUCAGUCAUAUCCAGCAACCACAGCCUUACCUCACCGGGCUCAUGCAUCGAGAUUCCCAUUCCUGGGUUGGCUACACCUUUGGUUUCACCCAGUGUACCGUCGUCCUUCCAUAGCACGACUUCGCCUUCGACUACAGUGUCUCCAUCAGGAACUGGCCCGCCAGUGCACUGCACCAGGUCAUCUCCAAAUCCCAAGGUACCAACUGCAAGCUCUGGUUCAACAGACAGUGACUCGGGAUCAGGAUGGAGCACGCCCUCUCCUGUCCGGAGUGUGGUUUCCAAUCCGAGUGUCCCCUGCUCCUCUCAGAGUUCUCCUGUCUGGUCUUCCUCAUCUCUCACCUCCUCGACUUCUUCUUCCUCAUCUCCACCCUCUGAUGUGAAAAGGUACUUGGUUGCAACAGCAAGUGGAAGGCGCAGUAGCGCUACAGAUCUUGCCCAGACCAGAGCAACUCGCAAAAAUCUAUGGGAAAAUAUCCGGGCCAACCCCAGGCUGAAUAAUAGCAAGUGCAGCUCUCAUUGUCGUCACGGGAAGCGUUCUCCUACCAGUGAUGAUGAUGAUAGUGAUUUCAGCUACAGCUACCCUGCCAGUCCUUCAUCUCGCAACUCGCCACUCUAUAGGUGUCCUGUAUCAUCAGGUCCUCUUCUUUAUGGGCCUGCCAGCCCAAUUUCUCAGGGACCUCCAUAUCAAAGAGACAGAAGUUCACGCUCUCCAAGUCCUAUGCCUCGAUCCAGAAAGAGAUCCUCUCGGUCUCCUGUCAGUCCAUCACACUCCCCAGGAAGUCCUUUAAGUUGUUCAGCUGUUGGUCCAGUUUCAGCUUCACCAAGCCCCGUUGGCCGCCAUUCAAAGCAUCCUGUGUCAAGUUCUCCAAAGGAUACAGAUGCUCUAUUUUUGAAAAGUCCAUUGAACGAAGUAGCAAAGUCUAGGUGCAAUAGCAGUGACACUACAAAGGGGAAACGACGAAGUGUUUCAAGUGUGGUAAGUAAUGUCAGCAUCAGUAGCAAAGCCUUUCAUAAGAAGCAGAAUGGGGCCUCUGCAAGUCAAAUAGAUGGACACCAAAGUCCCGAAAUUGUUAUCACAGCAGAUAAUAUAGAUAUCAUCCUUAGUGAUGACUAUUCCACUAUGGACAAUAUAGAGACUGAACACAACCCAUCUAUAAAGAAAGAUAUUUCUUCCAAGAAAUCAACAAGGCAUCUCACAGAUUUUGCCAACACUUCCCAAAAUGAUGUCUCCAGGAAAUCCCAGUCAAAUCUGGAAGGAGAGAAAAUCAAGAAACUCGGGGAUCGCAAAGAUGAUGGGGGAAAGGAGGAGGCUGGCAACGAAACAAGUGAUAAGGAUGAAAAGAUUCCCACAAAAAGCAGGAAGAAGAAAGCAAGGUCCAACAGCCUUGCACAUGAGCAAAUCAGAGCAUCAUUGAAACAGAAUAUUUCCAGCUCGGUUCAUAACCUCAGUGGCAACCAUUCGUCUGCAUCGAACAGUAUCAGUUACAGUAUUCCUAGCUCCCUCCAUACAAUUUGCAGUGGAAGUGAUAGCAGCCCAAAACACACUAACAAGAACGGUAAUAGAGCUGUUAGUAGAAGCUCCAGCAGAAAUGCUAGCAGGAGUGUUAGCAACAGCCUGUGGGAUUUGACUACUAGAAAACCUCUUAGUCAUUGCAACAGUCCCUCCCCUUCACGUGCCAGCACCACAAAUGCAGAGAAGUGGCGGCGGGCUAGUUUAGGGACUGUAGGUCUGUCACUGAGGAGCAGAUCUUCCACACCCAAAGACAGAGAUGGUAGCAGACGUAAUUCAGUUACUAACACAAAUAGUGGUAGUAACUGGAGUCUUUGGGGAGGGGGUGGGAAGAGCAAGAGUAUCACCUUUGGCCCCCCACCCCCCAUCACUGCCACUGUAGCCAGGGCCACCCCCACACUUUCCAAAACCAGUGCUGCUGCAUCAAAGACAGGACCUUCCAUAUCAAAGACCCCGGGAGCCAUACCCAAAACCAGGAAUGCAUCAUCCAGUAUUUCGAAAGUUGGAAAAGUGGUCAGCAAUGCCAUAAGGGUUGGUAAUACACUCAAGAAAGGGACACAGAAGAGCCCAACUAGCACAUCCACAGAACUCGACUUGCCCAGUGUGUCUCCUGGCCAAAGGCUGAGCAGAAAAGUCGGCAACAGAAAGAACGGUGCUGCAUUGGAUUCAAGAAUGAGUCCUGAUAACGGUGCUCAUAUCAGGGAUGCUUCAAGAUACAGCCCUGUCAGAGACCCUGUCAACUGUUCUCACAGUUCUCGAGGGAGUACAAACAGCCUGUGGGACAGUACCGCGGAUAACAGUGCCAAUGUGUGGGACAGUAACUUUAGCUUAAAGGACAGAUUUAGGGGCAGCACUAUCAGUUUAAAAGACAGUUCUAUGGGUAGUUCCAUGAGCCUUCAUGAUAGUGCAAUGGGGAGUUCCAUAAGCCUAAGAGAUAGCAUAAUGGGUAGCAACAACAGCUUGAGACAUUGUUCCAUUGGUAGCAGCUCCAGUCUACGUGACAGUGCCCUUGGUAGCUCCACGAGCCUUGUAUAUAGCACCUUGGACAGUAUUGCCAGCUAUAAAGAUAGCACAAUGGGCAGCUGUACCAGUUUAAGUGAUGAUUUAAAGGGCAGCAGUGCUAGUCUGAUAGAUAUGCCCAUGGCCAAUAGCAAGAGUCUUACUGACAGUGUUUUAGAUUUAAGCAAGAACGAUGUGUGUAAGACAGCAAACAUUAGUGAUAAUACCAUUGGUAAUGGAGGUAUGAGUCAUGCGAAUAUCAAAAGAGAUGGUUCAAGGGGUAGUACUACAAGUUUAAAAGACAGUAUUCUGUGUGCACAUUCAUCGAAAAGCAUGGGUAGCACUACAAGUCUGAAAGAAAGCACCUUGGCUAAUACAUCUAGUGUGAGAGAUGUAGGUAGUAUCACCAGUCUCAAAGAGGGUGAAAUGUAUUAUAGAAAAGAUGGUUCCUUUGAGAAUGCAAGGAAAGAUUACAGAGCUUAUAGUCGUGCAAAGAGCAUGACAAACCUCAGAGAUGAUUCACUUUUUAACACUGCAAACUCUGGGUAUGUUGGUAUGGCAGAUGCUUAUGUUACCAGGCAAAAAGAUGUUCUCAUGGGUAGUGCUACUAACUUAAGAGAUAAAGCAGCAAAUUCCCGUCUUAGGCAUGGCAUAUUAGGUAGUGCCACUAAUUUGAGAGAUAGUGUCUUGACCAGUAACAAAAGCCUUAGGCAGGGUGUGAUAGGAAGCACCACCAACCUAAGAGAAAAACUUACAAGCAAUACUACUCGUCUAAGACAUGGUGUUGCAGGAAGCACUACUGAUGUCAGAGAUAGUUACUUAGGCAGAAACAAUAGCAUUCGACAUAGUAGAAAUGGCAGCACUACCAACAUCAGAGACAAUGCAAUGGGCAGCACUGUCAGUCUCAGGCAUAGUGCCAUCAGUGACCUGAUUGAUAGCGCUAUUGGUCUUGCUACAGAUACUAUAUUUAACACUAACUUGCAUGACACUGAUGAAAGCAGUAGUUCUGAAGAUGAAAAUGCAAACAAAAUAUAUGACUCUUUGACCAAUAAGGCUAUGGAAUUCUUGACUAAAGAAAGAGUGACCGAUUUAAGUAAGAGUGCAAAUUCUUUGAAUGGUACAGCUGCAUAUGACCUGCUUACUGUGUCACAUGGCAAACCUGAUUUAAUGAUGAACAGAUGCAGAAGUGCUCAUUCAUUGACUGAACCUCAGCAGAGCUAUAAUGCUGCAGAUCACAUCUCUAGGACGCAAUCAUCUGACCUGAAGGACCUCAUUCGGAAGGACUCCCAGAGACAAAAACUCAAGCGAGGAAAAUCCCUAGAUCUUAGGGACCUUCCUCAGAUGUCUUACAGCCGUCGAGUACUUAAGAGAGGAAAGUCCUGUGACCUGAGAGAUCUUCCAUGCACAGAAUCUCUUGAUACACCUGGUUCAUCUGAGAUAGAGGACAGCAGAGAGUUUCUUAGAAUGAGAUCCUGGGAGGAUAGGGAGGUACCUAAAGCAAAAUCCUGGGAUGGAAAAGACGCCUCUCAGCUCCACGAAAGCAUGGUAAACUACAUAAACCAACUUGAAGGAGACUUACAGAAGUGUUCCAGCAUGCAACAAUGCAGUAGUCCUACAGUUUCAGUAAAUUACGGUUCUGAUUGUGGAAGUGACAACCGUAUGGAUAGAGGUUCUGGUGAGGAGGAAAGUGCUGCUGAUAACACAAGCAGCCAUCAUGAGUUCUCUCAGAAUGGUGAUACCAUCCGUUCAGAUACUCCUGAGUCAAACCAUAGAAGAAGGAGGCGAGGCAGUGCUGACAGACGUAGUGGAUCAGGAAGACGCCAAAGCCUUGACAACUUAAAUGGGGAGGAGCUGCUGUAUGCAUUAAGAGGGAGGCGAGGAAGUGGAGGCAGCCACUCUCACCUCAGAGGAGGCUGUGCGGCUGGAGGUAACUCUUGGAUCUCGGCCAUCCCUCGCCAUGACAGGAAGUGGGAGAGUCUCCGUCGGGGUAUUGUAGACAAGAGCAUUCGCUGCUCCACUCCCAAGCAAGGGCGGAGAGGAUCUGUAGAAAACAUAUGUGGUGGCAUGGGUAGGAAAAAGAUCAGUAGUCUUUGGGACAAUAUCCUAGGGCAUUAUGUGGAAGGAGAGUUAAAAGCCAAAAAAAGUUUAAGCUGCAGUUCCUUUAAAGUUGGAGGAGGUGAAGAAAAAAGUGAAUGGGUUACCACCAGAGAUGAUGUAGAUCAAGAGGAGGAGGAAGAGGAAGAGGGGGCAGCAACAACAGGAGUCUUGACUGAAUCUGGAGGGAACAAUGAAGUAGUUUGUCCUCAGAGGAGAGCCCCACGCUUCAGUGAGAUUUUUGGUGGUGGAAGCAUUGAAGAAUCCCGCAGAAGUCGCUUGGAAGUGACCUAUGGAUCUCAAGACUUUAAGGACAGUAAGAAGUGCAAGAGAUCUAAGGAUAAAAAGAGAGGUAAAAUGGUUAGUUCUGAUAGUGAUGGUGACUUCAAAUCUGCAAGUGGACAUUCCUUCAGCAGGGAAAGUGGACUGGGAAGCAGCUGUGAGGAGGAAACAGACUACAGCUCUGGCAAUGUGACCCCUGAAGGCUCCCCCUCCCAUGUAGGCUCCCAGAAGGUUAUGGCUGCCAUAAGCCAUUAUUUGCGAUCUGUAGAUGUCGCAGAUAGUGAAGAGGAUGUUGACAGCUUUAGCAAAGAAGCUGAUCACAUCAGUCCAGAUGACCUGAUGCUAAUGUCAGAUAAUGAGGACAAUUUUAGCCUUAGCUGGGAGGAUCUCAUCAUCUCCUACAAGAGUCAGAAAUAUAAACCCAAUACUAGCAAGAUUUCCGAGCUCGAAAAUGGUUUUGAAAAUCUGCAAAUGGACUUAGAAAAUAAAGAGGCCAGUGGAGAGGUUGAUAACCCUAAAUUGGAUCAAGAAUUGGAUAAACUAUUAGGCUGUGACUAUCGACAGUUGGAAGGCGAGAUUCUGUCUGGCAGAAGUACCCCAGCCCGUGGAUCAAAAGAAGUUGUUUUCUCAAGCUCUGCGAAGAUCCCGUCUCUGAAACCUCCUUGCACAGAUGUAAAAAGGCCUUGGUCUGCUGAGCCUCCACGCAGUACUGAAAAGAGUCAUGCAUGCAAUGAAUCAGUGAAUAACCCAGAGAACCAUCAGAUUGACGAUCGAACGACAGAUGAGGAUUCGAAGAGUGACAGUGUAGUAACAUGGUGUUCUCAGGACAAGAAUGUGAGUCGCCAGAGUACUAUCGUGUGUAAUGAGGAAUCAGACGAACUUCCAGACGCAGCUGAGGACACCUCAAAGGUCCCACGUCCUCCAACGCCAGAUUCAGCCUUGGGAUCCGACUGUACGCCUCUGUCGCCAGUGAGCGGGGAAGAAACGACAAUUAACGACGCUACAGAAGAGGAGGAAGACGUCCGAACCCGAGGUCGCUCCAAAGAGCAAGGGCCGCAGCCAGGGCUCGACGGAGGGCGGGACCGAAGUGUGAGCUGCAGCGAAAACAUAAAAGCCUUCUUGCUGUCCCAGCCAUGCGCCUUCGCCCACGUCGCGGGGGAGGACUGCGCCCACGAGCACACGGAUACCUGCGGAGACAAGCACUUCUACCCGGAUGCCGACAAGAGUUGUGUAGAAGCGUACAAACAGGCCGCGAGCGAAUCAAAGGUGCGUCGCAGGGUGAGAAGGAAGAAAGUGAAGAAAAGGAAGGAAAAUGAAAAAGAAGAGCAAAAGGAGGUGCAGAAGGAGGCGAAUAAAGAGGUGAAGAAGGAGGUGAAAAGGGAAGAGAGCAAUGGCAUCGCAGAACCCAAGCCUUCGAAGAUGAAUUCGAUUCGUAAAUUCUUCAUCAGCGUGUUCUGCACAACACCGGUGACUGUUGAAGGCAUUGCGCCAGACCAGGAAAGCCAUGGCACUGACCCAGAGCCCCUACCCCCACCUAUACCCCCCCAUGGCAUUGACCCCGCCACUGUUGCUGGGGUUGACGUGGCCCAGGCUGCUAGGCCUCUUAUUGACCCAGAGGUUAUGACCCCAGAGGAAGCACAGAGGUUGCUGAGUGCCAACAUUGUGGAGGGUAAAGUUCGGGAGGGCCAGACACUGCUCUCUGAUGAGGAGGCCCAGGAAGUAGUUCUCCUGUUGUCCCCCCAGGAGAAGGAUGCCCCUCAGGCUCCCCCACCAGUACCUCCCCACUACUCAGACAUCCCAUCGAUGGUUCCGCCUCACUAUGCAGAUGUCACCCCGCCUGUUCCUCCCCACUAUGGUCCCGCAGAGGAUGAAUACGACAUGAGGUUGGCCUCACGCUUUGACCCUACAUUGACCUCACCACUGAGCCCUGAGGAAGAGCCCUCAGAGGCAGACUCAUCAGAAGCCUCUGGUGACGUCUCCCAAGUCUCCCGUGCAAAGGAGGUUUUGGUAGAAGACGGAGUUCACUACCUAGAGGAUGGACACUUCUGGGUGGAGGUUCCUGGCCUGCCAGAAGAAGAUGAGGAAGACGAGCUGGAUCCAACACUCCCCUUCCACCAGCACACUCGCCUUACUUUCUCCAAGGAUCCCAUUCAGGUAUUCAGCACCUAUUCUGUGACAGAGUAUGACCGUAAGAACGAUGAGGUUGACCCUGUUGCUGCCAGCGCUGAGUAUGAAUUGGAGAAGAGGGUCGAGAAGAUGGAUGUCUUCCCAGUUGAAAUUGUAAAGGGUGAAGGAGGCCUUGGUCUCAGCAUCAUUGGCAUGGGUGUUGGGGCCGAUGCUGGUGUCGAAAAAUUAGGCAUCUUUGUGAAGACCAUAACUCCAGGUGGAGCCACGGAGAGAGAUGCAAGAAUACAAGUCAAUGAUCAGAUUAUUGAAGUUGAUGGAAAGAGUCUGGUUGGAGUUACACAAGUGUUUGCUGCUUCUGUUCUAAAGAACACUAGUGGCCGUGUGCAUUUCCUUAUUGGUAGAGAGAAGGACCCAGAGAAUAGUGAAGUAGCUUUGUUGAUUAAGCAGUCAUUGCAGGCUGACAUGGAGAGAGAAGAACGUCGGCGGGCACUGGGAGGUCCAGACUAUGAUCCCCAUGCGAAUCAUGGCCUCUUUGACCCCUUAUCAUCCCCCUCGGAGGAGAACUCCCGCUCGGAAGACAUGUCAAUGCAUCACAACAACUAUUCAUACAUGGAAGGAGGCUCAUCUCCCACUUCUCCUGAUGCUGUGUCACCUCCAGCUGAGGUAUUUGAUUUGGAGGGCGACACAUCUGACACGUCGCCUGAUAAUGAUGUGGCGAUGCUGAAGCUGAAGCUCAAGGAGGUCCAGUAUAGGAAUGCUGUUGCAGAGGCUGAGAUUCAGAAGCUGAAGAUGAAACUUCUGGACAUGGAGAAGAUAUUAGAGGAGAACAACCACUUUUCUAGUCAACUUCGUGAAACGCGAAACCAGAUGAGUGAGCUGGAGGAGAAGCUGCAGGCCAAGACGACAGAAGUGUCCACCUACCAGGACAUGCUGGAGCAAUCUCAGGGACAGUACAUUGUAUUGGAGAAGAAAUACUAUAAGGCUAAAAAGAUUAUUAAGGAGUAUCAGGGUAGGGAGCGUGAUUUCUUGCACCGUGAGGAGUAUCACAUAACUCAGCUUGAGGACAAGGACUCGCACUACAAUGCUCUCGUGAAAGCACUCAAGGAUAGGGUUAUUAGUUUAGAAGCAGAAUUAACAAAUGCACAGAAAACGGCAGGUCUUCCAGUACAGGUUCCUGCUGAUGCGAAUACACAGCCUGCUUACUGGCAAUUACAGCAGAGUGCACAAUCUGCCAAGCAGCCUCCCCGCAAGCCCAGUCUCUGCACACUCGACCCGGAGAUAUCGGACACGGAAACUUCUGACACCGGCAACUCAGAGGGCGACAAAGCCAACACUGUAGAGCGCAAGAUGCCAGUGAAGGAGGAGUUAGAUGAAGCAGUUCCGCCCCAUGAGCUGCUGGAUGUGUCAGCAAGCCGAGCAAAGGGAGAACUGGCGGCAAGGGGGGGUCUGGCCAACCGUCACCUUCCCUCCCUGAAAAAGACCACUAGCAUGAGUAGUGCUGGGAGUCAAGACCACAGUCUGGAUGACAGCAGCCUGGAUGAUGACCUGCCAGAAUCCCAGAAGCAUGUGGCAACGGAGCCUAUGCAGGACCUUCAGCAGGACUUAGGGAUCCGGAGGUCAGCCGAUAUCCUGGAGUCUCCUUUACCCCCUCCCCAGAGCAUCCUGCCACCCUCUAGUAUGGUCAAAUCCACCAAAACUCCCCCACCACCUCCCCCUUAUAGUCACUUAGGUAGUCCCCCUCCAUACCAGCACCCACCUGGCCAGUUCAGCUCUGGCCGCCAGCCCUUAGCGCCCUCCCAUGCCCUGCCUGAUCCCCCCUCUAGCUUGCCAAUGCGACCUCUUGGUGCGGGGAUGGACGGCCAGCCCCACCACGACACCCAGUCAGAGUCACGACCUGAGAUUCCGUACCGGCACCCCCCACCUGUUGCCCGAGUCCUGCCGGUCAACAGAGCCGAGAUUUCUGAGUCGUCUAGCUUGGCCUCGCACUUAGCCAACCGCACACCUCAACAGCAGAGUUUAGCUGAGCAACUGAAGGCUCUCUUGGCUGAGAGGUGAGAAGGUCCCCAGAUCCAAGUUUCUCAUAAGCAGUGUCUUUCAGUGACAGACAUGCACAGUUUUAAAAUCAAUUUCAUUGAUUUAUUUUUUAGAUAAUGAAUUCAAAAGUAUUUCCAGUCAUUACACAGAAUUUGUAUAUGCAGAUCAAUUUAUCAGUUGGAAUAUGGUGAUAAUUGGGUCAUUUUUAAGAAGGUCUUUAAACAAUUUUGUUACUAUGAUCGGCUUGGAUGUUCUCACAAAACACCCACCUCUCUGGAAACAAUCUUUAUACUAAGAUAAAUGUUGGCAAUUCAUUUCAUAGAUAUUUGUAAAAGUAGCAUUUCAGAACCUUGUUCCAGUUCUGCAAAAGAAGACAGAGUGUAAAAGAAAUUAUAAUAAAUUACAGAAAGUAACAACUUUGAUAGAGAAAUUAGUUUUAGCAUGAAAAAAUAUACUAGAAAGUAACUUGCAGUCAGAGGAAUGGAAUUCUUAAUACAUUUUCUUUUUAAUACUACUAGAAAAAGAAGAAAAGAAUCUCAUUGCAGGUAGAAGUCAGCUGCAAAUAGCAUUAACAGUUAUCCAGAUUCCUUAGAUUUCCCCAAAGAUUUCCACUUUUAUAUCUUAAAUUAUGUGAUCAUAACAAGUAAGCCGGUGGGGUUGGAAGAGUAAUAUUGUAAAGUCGGUUUGUAUCAUUUUGUAUCGGUUUGUUAAGUUUUCAAAAGUUCAGUCCCUUGACUACUAAAAGGCCUGCAUGCUAUGUCACUGUUGUUUACUUUGUUGUUGCAAGAAUGCACCCCCCAAAAAUUCUUAUUGAUGUCCCAGAUUGGCAUGUUUUGAAUUUACAUUUCAAAAUUUUCUCCUCCUGAUUAAACAAUUUAUAUUCAGUACUAUGGAUGUUUAAAAACAUAUCUUACUUUCUGUACUUAGCAAAUAAUAACACAUCUUAAUCA